GCUACGCCUCUCCACGCUGACACCCCAUCCACGCUUCUCUCUCUGUUUUCCCCUCCGACCUUUCUUACUAUCUCGCUUGAAGAUGAAGCUCUUCUCUGCCGCCACCCUCCUCCUGCUGCUCGUUUUGACUUCCUCCUACCUCCGUGGUUCCAUGGCUGCAGACUCAGCCUAUUGCAAAUCCAAGUGCAAGGUGAGGUGCGCCAAGGCCGGAGUGAUGGACCGGUGCCUGUACUACUGCGGAAUGUGCUGCGAGGAGUGCAAGUGUGUGCCUUCUGGGACUUACGGGAACAAGGAUGAGUGCCCUUGCUACAGGGAUAAGGUCACCAAGGACGACAAGAAGAAGUCCAAGUGCCCAUGACUGGUCUCUCUUAGCGAAAGCACUCAACUCAUUGUACUCUUCUCUUUUUUUCGUGGGGAAUUUACUGGUACGAGAAGAUGUCAUCCUUUGUCUGGAAUAAAGUCAUUUGCAAUCCAGGAAAACUAA